AUUGGACGAAAAACUCUGAUAAUUAGAUAAGAAAGAACUACAAAUAUUAAGAUGGGAAGAAGGAAGGUAAAUGGAACAGAUGGUGUAGCUACCGUAAAUCAGGCUGACACAGAAGUGACAGAAAAGAAGUUACAAGAGAAAAGACUUAAUAAUGAUGAAGGUAAACAUACCAAAGAGUUUAAUGUUGAUGAAGAAUUUCAAAAACUGUAUGAACAGGCAGUCAAGUUGGGUAUGACUGAUGAUGAUUUGUCGAGACUGACUAUCCUGCACGAUAUCUCGUGGAAAGGGUCAUAUACGAGAAUAUUUGUGAACGGUUUAAUCAUUAUAUUCAUUGCUUUUGCUGUGUUAUAUUUUGCUGUGCUGUUCACAUGCUUGCUGGACUGGCCUGUGAGUAGAGAGACAGUAGUUCGAGCCUGGAUGGGUCUUCAUAAUGCUGAUAUAGAAUUUGAGCCGUGCAUUGUCAAUAUGCCCGAGUAUGUGUCUAACAUGUUUAGACCACCAGUGGAAUGUUCAUUCUGUGAAAAUAUGACAGAGGUAAACACAGUAUACAAUAUAUCACAAGAGGAGUUUGAAGAGUUGUAUGCAUACACUGGGGUCCCAGUAGUUGUAGGUGACGGUACACAGAACUGGACUGCCCCGAAAUAUUUCAGUUUUGAAUUUUUUAAAGAGAUUUAUAAAGAAGGGAGUCAGGCUCUCGAUAACCAGGAAAACAAAUGUCAAUUUUUUCCGUAUAAGACCAGUUUUAGCAGUCUUGGCGAGGUAAUGAGUAUGAGCCCAGAGAGAGCCAAGAUGGAGGAUGGCUCCGAGCCCUGGUACAUCGGCUGGAGUAACUGUGAUUUUUCUGCGGCUAAUUUAUUGCGGAAGCACUAUACAAGACCAUAUUUCCUACCUAAACUGUCUGAGUCCAGUAAAACAGACUGGAUGUUCAUGGGCAGCCCUGGGUAUGGGGCAAACUUGCAUAUUGACAAUGUAGGAAACCCAUCAUGGCAGGCUCAGAUUACAGGAACCAAGCGAUGGACCCUGGAACCACCACCAGAAUGCUACUAUGUAUGUAAAAAUAGAAUUGAAGUCACUGUCCAUCCGGGACAAAUAAUUGUGCUGGACACAGAUAUUUGGUAUCACUCCACCUUGAAUGUUGGUAAAGACAUCAGUAUUACUAUAGGUUCUGAGUAUGACUGAGUAAAGAGCUUCCACACCAUGUCAUCAUUUGUCACAGACACAAUAAUAGCACUCCUAUGAUAUCUUCAGAAUAUUUUUGGAAGACAUUUAAUCAAAAAUAUUUGAACAACUGUUUGCCUGUCUACUUGUAUACUUUUGCCAUGACAAUGCGAUUUCCUCAUGAAAUUUGAGUCAUGUUUCAACAGAACUUAAUAGUGAUUUAACAGUGUAAAGCUUUAUAAUAAAUGAAUACCUUUAAUUUAAAUACAAAAUGAUGUCAUGGGAAGGCAUUUUAUAUGAUAUACUAAAAAUUAUCAUGUACUACAUUAUAACCAGAUCUUACCUCAGUACUGUCAUAACUGGUUGAUAUGUAGGAAUAUAUAUUUUUCUGUAUUGACCUCUGAAUUUAUCAUUUAAAAUCCAAAUAAAAUUUCAAUAUA